AUGGCGCACGGAGCAGACGAAGGACGGGCCACUCUGGGGCGCGCCCGGGACUCAAUGCAGCUGGAGUGCGUCCAGCUGGAGGUCCGGGAGCUCCGGCAGGAGCUCCAGGGAGGCCUCGACCGUCUGUUGAAGGCGCUGCUGCAGCCCCUCGGCGAGCUGCAGGAGGCCCUCCUCGAGGCCAGGCCCACGCCCGCCCGCUCGGAGAUCCCGGACUUCAGCGCGUGGCUGGCAGCGGGCGCGCCGAAGAGGAAGAGCGAGAGGACGCGGGCCGUGCCCAAGGCGGCGCCGAGCUGCGACGGCGAGGGACCGUCGCAGGGCGACGGACAGGGCCGCCCGAGGCGCAACGUCGUGAACGGCCAGGCGGCACUCGACUACACCUACGUCGAGAACAAUUGUGAUUCGGCGUCUGCAGUGGAAGACGCUUCUGUGAAAUCCAAGGAGCGGUCAGAGAAAAGCUCCAGCAUGAGCACGUUAGGGCAACAUGUUCCUCGGCAAAUCCACACCGCGCAAGAGAGCAUUAAGCAGCACUUGUAUUUCUCGCACGGCCUGCACCAAGUUGAGGAAUUCGUGGCCGAGCCGCAUGGUCCUGUUCGACGCAGGGUGUCCUGGCUUGUGAAGACUCACCAGACAGCUUUCGAGGCCUUCAUUGGCUGCAUCAUAGUUGCGAACUCCAUAUGCAUAGGCCUGGAGAUCGAGAUAUCAUUGGGUCGGGAACUCCACGGCCACGGGCAGGAGGGCCAAGAGUCGAUUCUGGCAUACUUGGAGAUCUGCUUCUUAGCCGUCUACACUCUGGAACUUCUGCUGCGGUUCAUCGCGGAUGGUUGGGACGUAUUUCGAAAUAUGUGGUUUCUCUUCGAUUUUUCGAUGGUGGCCGUCGGAGGAUUGGCCACCGUCCUUGCAAACCACGUCGUGUCUGGCGAAGGGUCUGGCGCGAUAGAGGUUCUAGAGCAAGCCCCUCUGAUUCGGAAUCUUCGCUUGGUGCGCCUCGUGCGAGCUGUGCGAAUGGUAGAGCUAUUCCAGGAUCUCUGGAAGUUGUGCGUUGGCCUCAUGAAGUCUGCGCGAACAGUGACUUCGGCAGCAGUGCUUGUGACCAUGGUGGCGUAUGUUUUCGGAUGUGCUGCACUCGAGCUGAUUGCCAAGUCGCAGAGAUUGCAAGCAAACCCUGUCACGAAGGAGAUAUUGGACAAUCAUUUCAGCUCUCUGGGCCACGUGAUGGUUACUAUGAUACAAUUUGUCAACGCCGACUCGAUCGGGGCGAUCUACUUCCCGCUAAUCCUUGAAAACCCAAUAGUGGGCAUUUUCUUUUGUAUGUUGAUCGGGGUGGUUUCCAUUCUGUUGAUGAACCUCGUUACUGCGGCAGUAGUUGAGAGUGCGAUUAAAACCGGCAAAGAGGACCUCUGUAUGCAACGACACCGCAUCAUCAAGCAAGUGGAGCACAUGAUUCCACUGGUUGAGAGGGCGUUCCGAGAGAUGGACGUCACCCAGGACGGACGAUAA